AUGUCCUACAGGGACUUUCCAGCUGUUGAGUGUCGUGACGCACCAAGGCCGGAGCCCCCGAGCGCAGAAAAUGAGAAGAAGAAAGAGGAAGAAGAACAGGAGGAGCAAACAGCUUCUUCGGGACCCGCUGCAAAGAAGCAAAAGAAUGUGAUCAUGUGGAGGAAAUUCGAUGAUGACAAAGUCACAGAAAUUCCGUGGGAAUCGAUCGACCUCGCAGGAGGUCGCAGCGAUUACCAUGUUGCGUAUUUGCUGCUGAUGAAGCACGUUUUAGUUGUUCCUUCUGAAGAAGAACUGAAAGUACUGGCAAAGCAGAUGUAA